AUGCACACUCCCGUCCAUGCGCUCCUCUUCAACAGAGUCAACCAGUCUCUGGUUUUCAGUCCUACGGAUGAACCGAUCAUGGGGAUACUUGGCAAUGGCACCAUCCUCCCGAACGGGAGCGAUCCUUUUGGAAGAAACGAAGAGGUCGCCAAAAUAGAGAUAACGGUCCUCAGCAUCACCUUUGUGGUGGCCGUGAUUGGGAACGUCAGUGUCUUGCUGGCCAUGUACAACACCAAGAAAAAGACGUCGAGAAUGCACCUCUUCAUCCGGCACCUCAGCAUAGCUGACCUGGUGGUCGCUUUCUUCCAGGUCCUGCCGCAGCUCUGCUGGGAGAUCACCUUUCGCUUCUACGGGCCAGAUUUCCUGUGCAGGAUAGUGAAGCACCUCCAGGUGAUGGGCAUGUUCGCCUCCACCUACAUGAUGGUGAUGAUGACCUUGGACCGUUACAUCGCCAUCUGUCACCCUCUGAAGACCCUUCAGCAGCCCACCCAGAGGUCCUACAUCAUGAUCAUCAGCACCUGGAUGUGUAGUCUGGUUCUCAGCAUGCCGCAGUACUUUAUCUUCUCUCUGAGUGAGAUCAAGAACGGCUCGGAUGUCUACGACUGCUGGGGCCACUUCAUAGAACCGUGGGGCGUAAAGGCGUACAUCACUUGGAUAACCGUCGGCAUAUUCCUCAUCCCGGUGUUCAUUCUGAUGAUAUGCUACGGGUUCAUCUGCCACAGCAUAUGGAAGAACAUCAGAUAUAAGACCAGAAAGACACCCGCGGGAGGUGCGUCUAAAAACGGUCUGAUGGGAAUGAACUCCGUUAGCAACGUUACCACUAUAUCCAGAGCGAAGUUGAGAACUGUCAAAAUGACUUUUGUAAUUGUCCUCUUUUACAUAAUAUGCUGGUCACCUUUUUUCAUCGUGCAGAUGUGGUCGGUGUGGGAUGAGAGUUUCGCAUGGGACGGUAAGUGACUUCUCUGUAUUGGGGAAGGUAGAUUGGAUUGCGCACACAAAAUCAACAGAUGAAGCUUGAUAUAGAAUUAAUAACAUGAGCUAUCUUCACUCAAUUAUGUUUUUCUCCCUCUACUAAUAACUGAUGUUAAAGCCACAGUCUAUAUAGGAGAUUGGGCAAAGCGUUUGGUGAUGUAUCCAUUCUGUGCCCCAAAAAAUAUUGCUUUUACUCAUUAACUGGGAUGAAUAUUUUAAUGAAUGUCAAUGAGAAUUGACGUGGAAUAUGUAUACACUUGAAGCAGUAUAGAAAUUAAUCUAUAUAUAUCAUGGUAAAAAAAAUAUAUAUAUAUAUACAGUUGAAGUCUGAAGAUUAUAUACACUUAGGUUGGAGUCAUUAAAAGUCGUUUUUCAUCCACUCCACAAAUGUCUUGUUAACAAACUAUAGUUUUGGCAAGUCGGUUAGGACAUCUACUUUGUGCAUGACACAAGUCAUUUUUCCAACAAUUGUUUACAGACAGAUUAUUUCACUUAUAAUUCACUGUAUCACAAUUCCAGUGGGUCAGAAGUUUACAUACACUAAGUUGACUGGGCCUUUAAACAGCUUGGAAAAUUCCAGAAAAUGAUGUCAUGGCUUUAAAAACUUCUGAUAGGCUAAUUGACAUCAUUUGAGUCAAUUGGAGGUGUACCUGUGGAUGUAUUUCAAGGCCUACCUUCAAACUAAGUGCCUCUUUGCUUGACAUCAUGGGAAAAUCUAAAGAAAUCAGAAAGAUGUCAGAAAAUUUUUUGUAGACCUCCACAAGUCUGGUUCAUUCUUGGGAGCAAUUUCCAAACGCCUGAAGGUACCACGCUCAUCUGUACAAACAAUAGUAUGCAAGUAUAAACACCAUGGGACCACGCAGCCGUCAUACCGCUAGAGAUUAACGUACUUUGGUGCGUAAAGUGCAAAUCAAUCCCAGAACAACAGCAAAAGACCUUGUGAAGAUGCUGGAGGAAACAGGUACAAAAGUAUCUAUAUCCACAGUAAAACGAGUCCUAUAUCGACAUAACCUGAAAGGCCGCUCAGCAAGGAAGAAGUCACUGCUCCAAAACCGACAUAAAAAAGCCAGACUACGGUUUGCAACUGCACAUGGGGACAAAGAUCAUACUUUUUGGAGAAAUGUCCUCUGGUCUGAUGAAACAAAAAUAGAGCUGUUUGGCCAUAAUGACCAUCGUUAUGUUUGGAGUAAAAAGGGGGGCUUGCAAGCCGAAGAACAACAUCCCAACCGUGAAGCACGGGGGUGGCAGCAUCAUGCUGUGGGGGUGCUUUGCUGCAGGAGGGACUGGUGCACUUCACAAAAUAGAUGGCAUCAUGAGGAUGGAAAAUUAUGUGGAUAUAUUAAAGCAACAUUUCAAGACAUCAGUCAGGAAGUUAAAGCUUGGUCGCAAAUGGGUCUUCCAAAUGGACAAUGACCACAAGCAUACUUCCAAAGUUGUGGCAAAAUGGCUUAAGGACAACAAAGUCAAGGUAUUGGAAUGGCCAUCACAAAGCACUGACCUCAAUCCUAUAGAAAAUUCUGACCCACUGGGAAUGUGAUGAAAGAAAUAAAAGCUGAAAUAAAUCUUUCUCUCUACUAUUAUUCUGACAUUUCACAUUCUUAAAAUAAAGUGUUGAUCCUAACUGACCUAAGACAGGGAAUUUUUACUAGGAUUAAAUGUCAGGAAUUGUGAAAAACUGGCUAAGGUGUAUGUAAACUUCGGACUUCAACUGUAUAGAUAGUUGCAACCCAAUCUCACACUCAAUUCAUGCAAAUAUGUACAAAAAGUAUUUCAGCAGAUUUCGUGGGUUUUUGUGAGUUUUUGUGUGGCUUAAUUUGUGUGAAAAUACACACAUUUUUGUGCAACUUCAUUCAUAGGAAAAUACCUUUUUGGGGGCAAACUUCGGAAACAAUCUUUUGAAAGUUAUUAGCGCAAUGCAUGAUGGGCAAUGGUGUUCUACACUGCCUUUUUUUUUUGGGUCACACAUUUAUUUAUAUAUUUAAAAAAACAUGUUAACAACCCAAUAUUGUUAAUCAACCAGGUUGUCACCGAAAUAAUUAUAAUAUAAUAGUACGUUGUUUUUUUAUUAAUGCCAAUACUGUUUUCUAUGCUUGUUUUCGCUUAAUAGUUUGGAGUACUGGUGCCCUUUUUCGUGUAGGCAACAGUAGGCCUACACAAUUUUCUUCAUAACACAUUUCAUAUUUCCUGGAGCCUACAUUACAACAUUUAAUACAUGGCUCCACUUUUUCGUGUACAUUACACCAUUUCUUUCAUAAUGCAUUUUCAUAAUGCAAUUUUAUGAGGGUUGCCAGAUUGGAGAAAAAAAAAAAACGUGUUUUUUGUGGGAUAGAUGAAGGUAUUUGAUUGGGAAAUGGGGAUACAUUUUUAUAAUGGGAAAUUAUAAUACACACCACAAUACACACACACACACACACACAAACAAACACUUACACACACUCACUUUGUUUAUACUCACAUUAUAGCCAAAUCUUGACUUUUGUAUGAAUUAUUUUUUGUAUCUAGUUGUCAUGUAUUCAUUACCCCCAGUCAAAUUCAUUUUGACUGGUAGUGUAACUAUACAUGAGCUGGACAUGAUCCCAACACUGCCAAUAAAAUAGAGUGGAAGAAAGUGAAAGCUGCAACAGGGACUCUAACCAGGGCUCAUAUGUGGCAAAGUGAGCUCUAACGGCCGAUGCCAUGAAAGCCUAGCAGGCCUCUGUGCAGAGGCAGUAGGCCUACAAUGCUGGCAUAUGCCCUGUUAAAAUAGCCUUAGUAUAUACCAUGAUUGACACGACCGUAAUAGUCAUCAUGAAACGGCCUUGGAAGUGCCAUAAGUGUAAGCCAACAUAAUUCAUUAUUUUACAUUAACCUGUUUAACUGCAUUGAUAUGGCUUAAUUGAUCAUAGUCCAGACUUGUUAUAGUUGCAAAUACCAUGCAGUUGCACCUGGGGAAUUUAAACCAAACAGAUCUUUUUCCCAGGUCUUCUGUUUCCCCAUAUUUAUUGAUGAAUUAAUUUCCCAUCAUGAAAAUGUAUCCCCAUUCCCCAAUCAAAUACCUUCAUCGAUACCACAAAAAAAAAGACAAAUACAGCUUCAAUCUGGCAACCCACAUAAAAUCUGACAUAGCACCAGUAUCCCAAAGUAUUAAGCGAAAACAAGCAUAGAAAACAGCAUUGGCAUUAAUACAAAUUUAAAUAUAACAUAAGGCUACUAUACUAUUACAAGUAUUUCGGUGACAACCUGGUUGAUUAACAAUAUUGGGUUGUUAAUACGUUUUUAUAUAUAUAUACAGUGAGGGAAAAAAGUAUUUGAUCCCCUGCUGAUUAUGUACGUUUGCCCACUGACAAAGAAAUUAUCAGUCUAUAAUGUUAAUGGUAGGUUUAUUUGAACAGUGAGAGACAGAACAACAACAAAAAAAUCCAGAAAAACGCAUGUCAAAAAUGUUAUAAAUUGAUUCGCAUUUUAAUGAGGGAAAUAAGUAUUUGACCCCCUCUCAAUCAGAUAGAUUUCUGGCUCCCAGGUGUCUUUUAUACAGGUAACGAGCUGAGAUUAGGAGCACUCCUUUUAAGAGUGUGCUCCUAAUCUCAGCUUGUUUAUUGUAUAAAAGACUCUCCACCAUGGCCAAGACCAAAGAGCUCUCCAAGGAUGUCAGGGACAAGAUUGUAGACCUACACAAGGCUGGAAUGGGCUACAAGACCAUCGCCAAGCAGCUUGGUGAGAAGGUGACAACAUAUAAAAAUUAUAGACUGAUCAUGUCUUUGUCAGUGGGCAAACUUACAAAAUCAGCAGGGGAUCAAAUACUUUUUUCCCUCACUGUAUAUAUAUAUAUAUAAAUAUAAAUAAAUGAGGGACACAAAAAAAGGCAGUGUAGAACACCAUUGCCCAAAAUGCAUUGCUCCAAUAACUUUCAAAAGAUUGUUCAGUAGUUUCCCCUCAAAAAUGUAUUUGCCUAUGAAUGAAGUCGCGCAAAAAUGAGUAUCUUUUCCUACGAAUUAAGUCGCACAAAAAUGUGUGUAUUUUCACACGAAUUAAGCCACACAAAAACGCACAAAAACACACGAAAUCUGCUGAAAUACUUUUUGUACAUAUUUGCACGAAUUGAGUGUGAGAUUGUGUUGAUAUAAUUGUGCAUAAUCCUUUAUUGAGCACCACCCUCACCGCAUAAUUCCGUUACAAAAUUUAAACACAGAAUACAUAGAAUCGAAAUAAUAAUAAAAAAAUAAUUUAAGUGGAAAUGUAGCUAAAUAGGCAUAACAUGUAUGGUGUCCUGACAUCAUAGACAAAGUCAUUUUAAUCCUGUCCCAUAAUGUUUUUUAUUUACCACACUAUAUGGAGAUGUCAGGUGUUUAAAUAUAGAUCAGCGUGUAAUUGUUUGCGUUUAGUGAUUGUGAUUUCACUGCACCGUUGACUUAUAUCCCAGCUGUUGGACUAAUUAGUUGUCUUUUGGUAAUUUCCUUUUUUUCCUUUCCUUCCAGAAUCUGAGAACACUGCUGUCACAUUGUCUGCGCUCCUCGCGAGUUUAAACAGCUGCUGUAACCCGUGGAUAUACAUGAUCUUCAGCGGGCAUCUCCUUCACGACUUUACUCUCUGUUUCCCGUGCUGUAAUAAAUUACGUUACAAGUUCAAGAAAGAGGACUCGGAAAGCAGUCUCCGGAGAAAUACGGUUUUGACAAAAAUGACCAACCGAAGCCCAACGUGCAGUUCGGGCACUUGGAAAGACACUGACAACUACCCCAAGGUCUCCAUUCAAUCUAGCCAAGUGGAUACCUAA